UAAAGACCGCUUUGUGAAGGAAGUGAAACAUUACUACGACGGAUUCCGCCUUUUCGCGAUAGAACUGAAAAUAUCGGUUCGUCUUUUGACAAGAAUGUUACGUGGGCAUUUCCUGACUAGAAGAGAGAGAAAACAGGCAUAGAUUGACAUUAAUUUUCAGUUAGUAAGGACCACUGCUGAUUUGAUUCGAAUGGUCCCGUUGUUUAUUAUUAUUUUGAUACCCUUUUUGGAGUUGCUGAUGCCGGUCUUUAUAAAAUUGUUUCCCAAUAUGCUGCCUAGCACUUUCAAAAAUGAGACCAAAGAACAGGAAAUGGCUCGGAAAAGGCUUAAAGUUAAGCUGGAAAUGGCAAAAUUCUUACAAAAUACGCUCGAAGAGUCUGUAACAGUAAUCAAGAAAAAUGACACCACAAGAACAUCCAGUGUAGAAGAAUUUGUUCAAUUUAUGAAAACAAUCCGCAACAAUGCUGAAAUGCCAGAGACAUCUCAAAUUUUGAAAUUUUGUAAAUUAUUUGAAGACGACCUGACCAUGGAUGGACUAAACAGGGACCAGCUGAUAGCAAUUUGUCGUCUUUUGGACAUGUCGACCCUCAUCAAUCCAACCUCGACUGUCCCACUCCUCCGAUUCCGACUGGGCAUUAAGCUCCGAAUGCUGAAAGCCGACGACAAAGUACUCCCAACUGACCAAUUCAGAUGA